AUGACUGAAAGCAGUGAAGCAAUUGAGAAGUUGGAGCUUUUUAGGCUGCAGGUUGUAGAAAAGGAGUGGGAGCACCAGAGACUACUGCAACUGAAAGAACUGGAGAUAAAGGAGAAGGACAGGAGUCUAACUGGCUACGAGCAGCUGAUGCAGCUGUACAGUGCUUGCCAGCACAGGCGUCUGAACUGCGGCCUGCAUCGUAAGCAGCAUUCCCUCUUGAACCGCCUUCGCAAGACCAAGAAGGAGGCCCCUCCCAUGGAGAAGCCAGAGGUGGUCAAAACUCACCUGCGCGACAUGAUCAUCCUCCCUGAGAUGGCGGGCAGCAUGAUCGGCAUAUACAACGGCAAAACCUUCAACCAGGUGGAAAUCAAGCCCGAGAUGAUUGGCCACUGCCUGGGCGAGUUUUCCAUCACCUACAAGCCAGUGAAACACGGCAGACCUGGUAUCGGUGCCACCCACUCAUCUAGGUUUAUUCCUCUGAAGUAAAUCAUGCUUUGGGAAAAUGUUUUCUAUAUGUAAAUAAAGAAAAUGCUCCUGCCUGGGGAAAAAAAAAA